AAAAAAAACUCGCCAAAAUACCAACUCAAAGACCACCAAAAGAAAACUUUCGAAAAUAUUAUGAUCAUUUGUAAAAUCAUUUAAUAAUGGAACAUCUUCCCUUCGCUAUGCCAAGAAAGUUGCGGAAGAGAGUAGAUGCGGGAGAACCUAGAAACACUAACCAUGCGAAUCAUUUAAACAACAAUUUCCUCCCGACUGUCUUUAAUUUAGAUUCCAUUAUUCCCAUACCGAAUGGCGCUGACAAAGGAAUAAAUUUGUUGUACAAUUCGUAUUACGCCAACUUGGCUAAAAUGUACGACACAAACGAAAACAAUUAUUACUAUGAUUUCGUUAGUGGGAACAAAUGCAAUGGUGGUAGGGUGAGGGAAGAAUUAUUCCCUAAACAGAACUUCUCACAAAAUGGGGUGAAUUCAGAGCCAAUAGCCGCCCAAAAAUUUGAUACAAAAUGUCCCACCAAAAUUAAUUAUAAUGAUAAUAAUGAUGAUGAUGAGGAAGAUUACGUGAAUCCGAAAAUGGAGAUCGAACGACCAAAUAUGUCAAUAUUUAAAUACGAUAAGAUCCAUUCAAAUUACGACAACGUUGCAUUGUCAUCACCUUACAUUCCUACAUUAUCCAGCGGAUCGUCGGUUAAAUGCAAAAAUAACUGUAAUAAUUUUGCUAAUUGUAUUACCACCAUUAAUCACUAUGAUUCCGAGGAAUCGGUCGAAGAAUUAGGCGAUCUCAACUCUUUCGAAUCAAAGCCAGCCUCAAAUUUUGAGAGCAAUAUGCCCAAAGAGAAGCCCGAAACUUAUAAAUUCGAUGAGAGAAAUUACAUAAUUGGUAUAGAUAAUCGUUCUUCAAAAAUCAAUUACUCUUUCGCAGGUAAUAAAUUUCAAAAAUUAUCCUUCCGAAGUAAAUCAUUCGACGAAAUCUCGUGUCACCAAGAAUAUAACAACGAAACGUGUAUGAAAGAAGGACACAAUUCACUAGAUAAUAUUAUCAAUAAAUUUCAGGAAGAUGAACAUGGCCUCGAUAAUGAUAAAACGAUCGCUCCAACUGAGGGAAAAGGAAGAGUGUCAAUUGAAACAGGAAACAACCAUAGGGAAUCUGAUUUUAAAUCUCUCCGUGAUGGUGAAGCAAAAUGUUCGCCCAAUAUCGAAGCCUUUUAUAACGCAAUCAAACAUUCAUUGAAAACAAAGGAGCUCCAAAAAAAUGAAUUGAACCGUAAAGGGGAUAAUGAAGACAUAUCGCUCAUCAUCAAAAAGGAGUUGAACGCGUUAGUUCCCCUUCUGAUAGAUAAUAUAAUAGGUAAUUAUUUCCAAAAUUUCGAAAAAUCCAACGGCCACGCUAAAGGCUCGAUUGAAAAUGUUGAUUCCGAACACAAGCAUAAUAAUAAUAAUGAAGCCAAGAGAAAGCGAGUCAUUAGUGACGAUCCCUUUACUGCUGGUAAAGUUUCAAAUAAAUCUGCGAUUUUGGAGAAACAGGAAAUGAAGGAGAUACUCAAAAGUGAUAACAAUGAAGGGGAGGCUAUCAUGACUAGGAACGAUCAUUCAAAGUUGUGGCGAUGCAGCGACAAAAAAUUGCUAUCAAAUAUCGCUUGGCAAGAUGUCACAUGCUUUAAUGACAAGAAGUGUUUUACAAAUGAAACCACCUCCCAUGUCAAUGCGACAGGUGAAGAUCAUGAUUAUCGUGAUAAUUCUUCUAAUGUUAUAGGCAAAAUUAUUGAACCAAGCUCGAGUCAAUAUUCGGUAACUGAUGAGCAUCAUAAAUUAAAUAACACUGAGUUGUUAUGUCCGGUUUCUAGAAAUAAGGUUUCCUACUCAGCCGUCAAUCAUUUUCAUGGGCUAACGCCAAAUAUAUACGAUUACAAUCCAUAUAAUUAUAACUACAAACUCGAUUCGAGUUUUCCUUUUAAACAUAACAUAUUUCCAAGUAUUAAUGGUUAUCAUAGCCUAAACCUAAAGCCGUCCUUCGAGAAUAUUGGAACACAUGUCAACACGAAUGAGAAUACAUUUAAAUCUGCCGAUAGCACGAAACUUAAUUUAAAUAAUAAAUUAGGCAAAGAGGUUCUUAUCGCAGAUGAUUAUAAAUCCGAAAAAAGGCACUCUACAAUUAAUUAUGCGCAUGACGUCACCCCUAUAUCUAGCCGCCAUAUGAAAUUAGAAAAUUCGUGUUAUUUUGAUCCAUUUAAAAUAAAUUUGUGUCAUACGAAUACCGAUUUACAUAAGCUCCAAAAUAACAACUGUCCUAAUAUUUACCACGAGACAACUUACUUUAAACAUGAUUUAAGUCAAUUACAACAUAGCGACAUAAAAAUUGAGACAGAUUACAAAAGCCCCCUAAAUAAUGAAUACGACCUAUUCGAUUACAGAAAUCUUGAGUACCAUGAUUUAGAAAAAAAGAGCCUAAAUUUUACUACAAGUUGCCAUCAGGGGAGCCCGAAUAAUAGGAAUAUCAGACGCUUAACAUCCCAGGAUUUUAACGGUUCCGAAAAUAAAACCGAGAUAAUUUCGAAAAUUGUUCAGUCAAACAACAAGAUGGCUAAGAAAUCAGUUUGCGAAAAACCUCCACCCGCGCCAUAUUUUUCCAUCAAUGAGGGUAUCGUCCGAUACAAGCGCAAGAAAAAUGCAGCCAACAAGAAUUACUUUAAUUACUAUUACAACGCCUAUUUCAACCGUUUAGACAAAGCAGGAGGCCAGUUCAAAAGCAGUAAUUAUCUUUCCAUGAUACGCAAAAGAUUGAAGAGGUAUCAAACCCGCGUCUGCGCGACUAAUCCGCCACCAACGACACAUGCCAAUAGAAAUAAUAUGAUAAUUGAUGCGCCAAUAUACUCAUAUCCUCCUGGAUACCCCUUGAACAUAAAUAAUGAUCGAUUUAAUCCAGAGCUUUUUAAAUCUAACCCUUUUAUAAAGACGAAAGAGGAGGAAGGAAAAACAUGCACUGAAGAAACAGCUGUGAAUAGUGAAGAUUUUGGCGGAGUUAAAAAUAACCUUGACAUUUAUAGAGACACGAUCGAAGAUAUGCCAGACACGCAAAAUAUCGAUGAAAAAGUUAACAAGAAGAUGAUUCCACCGAACAUAAACAAGGUGGAAUCAAUGGUCGCAUUUCAACCUGAACCUAAAGUUGUCCCCUACAUAACUUCUGCGCUCAAAGUCUACCAGCCCACUUUGGAUUAUAUUGGAUCAGCCACCACGAGCCCAUCUCUCUUUAAAACGUUUUCGCCUUAUCUGGAUGGCGCAAAUUUAUCGUCUUUCUACAAUCAGAAUGGAUAUUAUCAAUUAGCGGCUUAUUACAGGACAAUGCUAGGGCACAACACGGACUAUACCACCUUCACUAACGGUCAGAAAGAUGGCAAACACCAUUUUUACAAUGAGAAAAACGUUAAAAACCUGAACUUAAACAUUUACAACAAUUAUUAUGGUCCACGAUAUAAUACUGCCUCUUACAUACCUUCUUUGCCACAUCCCGCAGAACAAAACAAGGACGCAUUCCUCACCAAGCAUAGUACGCAAGAGAGUCAAAUAUCUCACACCUCCAAUCACCCUGAUACAUUCGUAAAUAAUGUCAACGGCACGUCAAACGGCUAUUACCCCGAAUUCAAGUAUGACGCCUUUUUGAAUACUCCCCUACCAGAAAAUAAUUUGAACGAUAAUAACCUUAAGUUGAUUCCCACGUUUCUAAAACCUCAACCCACGGCCCACAAAUUUGACAAAAAAGUGAGGAAUAAGAAAUCCCUAUCGUACCAAAACGGAUCAUACGGCACAUUCCCUUCCGCUGUCAGAGAUUCGAAAGCCAAACUCAAAGACGAAUUGGCAGAAAUUUUUAGCAGCAAUUUUGAAAUAACCCGCCUAACACCUAUUCACUUGCGAAAAGCAAAGUUGAUGUUCUUUUAUACCAGGUAUCCCAAUUCGAACAUCCUUAAAACUUAUUUCGCUGAUAUCAAAUUCAAUCGAAACAAUAUAGCCCAGCUGGUUAAAUGGUUCAGUAAUUUCAGAGAGUUUUUCUAUAUCCAAAUAGAGAAAUUCGCAAGACAAGCUUUAGCGGAUGGCACCACAGAUAAUCAAAGUCUGGUGAUAAACGAGAGCUCCGAACUCUACAGGACCCUUAUCAUGCAUUAUAAUCGGAAUAAUCAUAUUCAAGUUCCAUCACAUUUUCGAAGUGUGUGCCAGACAACACUCAGAGAAUUUUUUAAUGCCAUCUGUAAUUGCAGGGAUCGCGAGCCAUCUUGGAAAAAGAGCAUAUACAAAAUAAUAGCUCAAUUGGAUAUCGCCGUUCCGGACUAUUUCAAAACGCAAAAUUUUUUGAAGCAACUCGAAUGA